GGAGAGGCCGGUGCCGGCAGCAGUUGCGGGACCCGUGACAGUUCAGGCUUCAGAGCGGAUCCAACAAGCGUUGGCCGCGGACAUGAUGCCUGAGGACCAGGAGGAGACCCAGCCGCUUCUGCGGCCUCCAGGCGGCAGAGCUCCCCGCAGCCGCCGCGUCUUCCUCGCCGCCUUCGCCGCUGCCCUGGGACCGCUCAGUUUCGGCUUCGCGCUCGGCUACAGCUCCCCGGCCAUCCCGAGCCUGCGGCGCGCCGCGCCCCCGGCCCCGCGCCUAGACGACGACGCCGCCUCAUGGUUCGGGGCCAUCGUGACCCUGGGCGCCACGGCGGGGGGCGUGCUGGGCGGCUGGUUGGUGGACCGAGCCGGUCGCAAGCUGAGCCUCCUGCUCUGCACCGUGCCCUUCGUGAUCGGCUUUGCUGUCAUCACUGCGGCCCAGGACGUGUGGAUGCUGCUCGGGGGCCGCCUCCUCACCGGCCUAGCCUGCGGCAUUGCCUCGCUAGUGGCUCCGGUCUAUAUCUCUGAAAUCGCCUACCCCGAGGUGCGGGGGCUGCUCGGCUCCUGUGUGCAGUUGAUGGUUGUCACCGGCAUCCUCCUAGCCUACCUGGCAGGCUGGGUCCUGGAGUGGCGCUGGCUGGCUGUGCUGGGCUGUGUGCCCCCCUCCUUCAUGCUGCUGCUCAUGUGCUGCAUGCCUGAGACCCCACGCUUCUUGCUGACUCAGCACAAGCGCCAGGAAGCCAUGGCCUCCGUGCAGUUCCUGUGGGGCUCCGAGCAGGGCUGGGAAGAGCCCCCUGUCGGGGCUGAGCACCAGGGCUUCCACCUGGCCCAGCUGAGGCGUCCUAGCAUCUACAAGCCCUUCAUCAUCGGCAUUUCACUAAUGGUCUUCCAGCAGCUGUCAGGGAUCAAUGCUGUCAUGUUCUAUGCAGAGACCAUCUUUGAAGAGGCCAAGUUCAAGGACAGCAGCCUGGCCUCGGUCGUCGUGGGCAUCUUCCAGGUGCUGUUCACAGCUGUGGCAGCUCUCAUCAUGGACAGAGCUGGGCGGAGGCUGCUCCUGGCCUUGUCAGGCGUGGUCAUGGUGUUCAGCACCAGUGCCUUCGGCGCCUACUUCAAGCUGACCGAGGAGGCCCCCAGCAACUCCUCGCACGUGGACCUCUUGGCGCCCAUCUCUGCGGAGCCCGCCGGGGCAAGUGUAGGGCUGGCCUGGUUGGCGGUGGGCAGCUUGUGCCUCUUCAUUGCCGGCUUCGCUGUGGGCUGGGGGCCCAUCCCCUGGCUCCUCAUGUCUGAGAUCUUCCCUUUGCACGUCAAGGGCGUGGCCACCGGUGUCUGCGUCCUCACCAACUGGCUCAUGGCCUUCCUGGUGACAAAAGAGUUUAGCAGCCUUAUGGCCCUACGGCGCCUUCUGGCUCGCUUCCGCCUUCUGCAUCCUCAGUGUCCUUUUCACUUUGUGCUGCGUCCCCGAAACCAAAGGAAAGACUUUGGAGCAAAUCACAGCGCAUUUCGAGGGGCGAUGACAGUCCCUUCCCUGGAGCGGCUGCCCCUCCCACAGGGCCUGCUGGGGCUUCAGAGGGGACAGAGCCUGCCUGUGACUUCGAGCAGGGUCUCAGCCGGAGCCCGGAGGCCCUGCUCACCCCAGGGACCUGGGAUCCAGGACCGCGGCCCCUCGGAGCCUUGUCCUGCGGGGUUCCUCCUUCCUGCCCAGCUCUCCACAGCCCCUCGAGCUGCGGCAUAAGGUUCCCAGCCCCCGGGUCCAGUUCCUGUCGCUGCUCUGAGACAGGAGGAGGGAGCACCUCGGAGUGUCUGUCUUCGCUGCCCUGUGGCCAGUCCUCCACAUGCCAUCUCCGCCAUGACGCAGAAGUGACAGUGGAGGGGAGUGACUCUGGACGCCUCGAUUUCUGGAGGAGGUGCUUUUGGAAGCUGAGUUAUGGCCCACGGUUUCCCCUCACGUGGCCGCAUUAUCAGGAAGGAACUUUGUUUGCCAAAUAAAGAUCUGACUCAGAAAACCA